CCGGCCAGCAGGGGGCGCCCGACUCCAGCGGGCGAAUCAGGCGCCUGCGCAGGCAGCCCCUCGCGAGGGGUCCUUCGGCUGCCGCCCCUCCGAGAGGGAGAGAGAGGGAGCAAGAUGGCGGCCGCGAGGCGGUUGGCGGCGGCGGCGCUGGGCAGCCGGUAGGUGACUGCGUCCGUGCCGCCCCCCCCCCCGUCGUGGCUUCUUUCCCCCGGCCUGGGGAGGGAACGACAGCCCCCCCCGCACACUUCACAGAAUAUAUUUAUUUUAAAGGGGGGGAGGUGUUUGGCUUUUAAACGGGGCAGCCUGUCCUGCCUCGCGGGGUUGUUGUGAGAGGCGAAGGGCCGCUUGUGUUGGGCCCCCUUCCGAGGGGAGGUGGGCUCCGGAGGCAAGGAAAGGGCGGUGGGAUUCUGUGUGGCCUGAUCCCCCUCGGGGUCUCUGCGGGGUCGCCUGGACUCAGGGCCAGAUUUACGUAUAAGAUAAACAAGCUGUAGCUUAGGGCCCCACUCUCUUGGGGCCCCCCCCCAAAAAUUAAAGAAAACAAAGUCUGGGUGUACAUUUCCAAAAUAUAAGUUCAACAAUUACUUCGAUAAAAUACGUAUUUUGUUAUGUGCGAAUUGCUUUCGAUACCUAUUAGGUCCAUAAAUUACCAUAUAGCAUACGUUUAACACACAAAAACAGCGACAAUUUGUUGUUGACAAAGGACAGCUGGACAUAAAAAGGGCCCCUUUACCUUCAGUAGCUUAGGACAGGGGUAGGGAACCUAAGGCCCCGGGGGACGGUCCGAGAAUCAGCGUGUUUUUACAUGAGUAAAAUGUGUGUUUUUAUUUAAAAUGCAUCUCUGGGUUCUUUAUGGGGCCUGCCUGGUGUUUUUACAUGAGUAGAAUGUGUGCUUUUAUUUAAAAUGCAUCUCUGGGUUCUUUAUGGGGCCUGCCUGGUGUUUUUACAUGAGUAGAUUGUGUGCUUUUAUUUAAAAUGCAUCUCUGGGUUAUUUGUGGGGCAUAGGAAUUCGUUCAUUACCCCCCCCCCCCAAAUAUAGUCCGGCCUCCCAUGAGGUCUGAGGGAUAGUGGACCGGCCCAUGGCUGAGAAAGGUUGCUGACCCCUGACUUAGGACCUCAUGAAUCCUAAAUCUGACCCUGGCUGCCGUCCCCAGCCACAGCAGGCAGGGCCAAGAAGCCUUGGGGUGGGGUGACCUUGGGCGGCUUUCAACAGCCACACCGACCUUGCAGGGUUGUUGGGAGGAUUAAUGCCUGGGGGGGGGGGUGAGGUUGGAGAGAAGACAGCGACUGUCCUGAGGCCACGCAAUUAGCUUCUUAGCCGAGUGGUUGGGAUUCAAACCCUGGUCUCUCCCUGGUCUGGCACUCUUAACCCCUAGACCACCCCUGGCUGCCAGGGCUGCUGUGAGAGUGGCAUAUGAUCUCCCCUUUGAGGAAGAAGGAAUAACAGAGCCUCGUGGCUCUUAACGCCUAACCAGGUUUUUUUUAUGGUUUCAUGGCGUAUUAUGGCUUGUUUUGGACUACAACUCCCAUCAGCCCCAGCACCAUACAGCCGUGCCGACUGGGAGCAUGGACUACUGCUGGUUGAUGGCCGUAGUAAACUGAUUGAUUGAUAAGCAACAAAGGCAGUUCCCUGUCCUGAGGAGCGAAAGUGUCCCCAACAGAUAUCUUAAAUAUUUGGUUCCAUUUGUUGACGAAAUAAUAAGUAAGCUUUUCAGUCCUUGGCACUUCACAUUAAAAAAAAAACAAACCUGUUUUAGCAAACUGGUUUAAUGAAAAAUGCCCUCUUUUAAUUUUGGGCCAUCACAGCUGUCCUCAUACUUUGGCUUCCUGAAACUGUCAUGCAAAUGACAAUACUGCCUGUUUUGCUAACCUGCACUUUUUAAGCUCUGGAGGCGUCCUGCAUGCUUCCUGUUUUGUCUUUAUAGUUAAAAAAAGAUGGAGACAUCUUUAUGAAGCCCUGGAUUGAAAGCAGGAACUGUAAUCUAGAGGAGUAGUUACCUUUCCUGCACGGUGCUGACCUCAUACACUUACAAACCCUUUCCAGUAGCACCUUAGAGACCAACUAAGUUUGUUAUUGGUAUGAGCUUUCGUGUGCAUGCACACUCAUACCAAUAACAAACUUAGUCUCUAAGGUGCUACUGGAAGGAAUUUUUUUUUAUUUUGUUUCGACUACGGCAGACCAACACAGCUACCUACCUGUAACUUACAAACUCUGUUUCUGUAUAACAUCUCACUAUCUUCUGCCCUCGUCAAACCACAAAGGAGAAGAACUUCAGAGCUAGGGGACUCUGUUGGAUUGGUUGUUGGAGUCGUGUUUUCAGUCUUCACUCAGCCAUCGACUGUUUUCAGUGUUCUUCUUCAGGUCUGAUCAACCAAAGUAGCUGAGAUCAUGAAAGGCACAAAGGAAUAUUUUUGCUUAACUUGAGCCAUAAAAUAGGGAAGGGUCUAACUUUGUAGGAUGGACUAGUUAAGCCUUUAUUGAGCCUCAGGACUAUAAGGUGUCUGAAAUUGUGACAUUUUUGGUAAAGUUGUUUUUCUUCUUCUUUAAGAUUCUGCCACUUGGGAUUCAAAGGGGUGAACGUCACUGCUAAACAACCCCUACACAUUGCCUCCCAACAGAACCUGCUCCUUCCUCCCACAGUACUACAGAUGAAAGGUGAGUGCUAGGCUUGUUGGGCAGUUUGCGAUCACAAUUCUGUGGGGGAAUGCUGUGAUAAAAACUUGCAAUUCUCUGAAAUUGCUACAUCACGACAAAAAGUAUAUUGAGUAAGCAUACUGUUCAGUCCAACAUCUCUUCUUGAGUGUGUAUGAGUAUUUCCAUAAAGUCGUCAGAAUUAUUUCCAUGUAUAAAGUGUGUAUUUGCUUCUAACUUUGGAUCUGGGCUUCUCAAUUUUUGUUGAGUUUCUGUAAGCCAUGAAAAUAAAAAUUGAGCCGAGAGAGAGAGAGAGAGAGAGAGAGAGAGAGAGAGAGAGAGUUGUGAAUGCCCAGUGGGCAGAAGAUGGACUGAGAAAGGCAACGCCCCCACACCUCAUUGACCAAGGCCAUUCUCGGCUCUUUUUUUCUUCACAACAUUCAUUUUUGUUAUUUGUUUGAACUCCUGCAGCAGAAGGGAGGGGUGGGGAGAGACAAGAUUGCCUGUUCGAGAAACUUAGUCCAUCUAAAUAAAAUUGCCAUGUUCAGGGACAAUAUGCCUCUGAGAAUCAGAUGCUGGAGACAAAGACAUGGGAAGGUCUUUGUGUUUGUGCCAUGUAGUUUGUGCCAUGUGUAUGUGCUACAUAUUUGUGCCAUGCUCGUAGGCACCAAUAAGUUUGUGGCUGGUCCCUCUGGGGGCCAGAAUACUGGACUAGAUGGGCCUUGUGUCAAAUCCAGCCCAGCUCUUCUUGUUUGUGUUUUAUGAAGGUUGGGUGCAAAUCAGAUUACUACAAACCUAACAGUUUUUUAUUCUUUUUUUUUAUUCCAGUGAGGUCUAUGUUUGUUCAGACACAGGAUACUCCAAAUCCAAACAGCUUGAAAUUUAUCCCAGGAAAGCCAGUGCUGGAAUCUAGAACUAUGGAAUUCACUUCUCCAGCUUCCACGUAUUGCUCACCCUUAGCAAGGUUUGUUGUUGCCUUGUUGUUGGUUGUAUGACAAUAACUUAGUUAUGUGUCCAGAUCAAAGUACUUUUAAGUGGUACUUACUUAGGAGCAAACUACAUAUUGCACCGUAGCUGCUGUAAUGAAGCCCUGGGAGCAUAUUAUCCCGUGCAAAGCUUUAUUGGGAAGUGGAUGCUUUGCAUCAGAGAAGGGAGUGUUUAAUCAUCUCCCUGUCUUCCUCUAAAAUGCCCCCUUGCCCAACUGUGGUUGCCCCUGUCCCUGUUCUGGACUUAUUUGUGCCUUGCAAGCACUAAUCAGGACCUUGUGAGAUUGAAAGCAGACUGGGGACAGAGUUUGCAGCAGAGGGGUUAAAUGUAGUUUACCCCUUUAAAAAAUCUGUUCUGUUGUUGGAAUGGGUAUUAAUCAAUUCCAACAGCAUAAGAAAUGUUAUUGGACCCUAACCCCUCCCCAAAUAAAGACGGCCCACAAGACAGAAGAAAAACAAAGUGGGGGGAAUGAUUAGCGCAAAUCAAACCUAGUCAAAUCAAGUCAAGAAAUGUCUAGUCAGUCCAGGGUGCAGUUCCGCAGGUGUCCAUGUGAGGCAGGCAGGCAGAACCUAUGUAUGUUCCUUUACAGUAGCAUAAUCAAUAAAUCUUGCUCAAGUAGCAUAACAUUUAUAUGAUGUGGUUCCUUUGAGAUGAGCAUAGAUUUCACUUGUUAAAUGUUCCUUUAAAGUCAAACUCCAUGUCAGCGUAGUCCAUUCUCACAUGAGGUUCCCUGAUAAUGUCCUCCAAUGUUUUGCUAUCAUAGGUCUAGCAGCUGCCAGAACAAUAGAGUUAAAUCUUAGCACGUUAAUUCUCUGGAGUCAUUAUCUGAAAUUGAAGGAAGGGCAAAUCUGGGAUCGGGAGUCAGUAAUUGGUUGGUUAUUGAUUCAGUCUCUCUAAAUAUUUUACAUGAGUAGUUUCCCCUUUUUAUAUAUAUAUAUACAAUGAACUCAUUCUCAUGCAUGUUUACAUGCAAGUAUUCUGGAUUCAAUGGGAUGCAGGUGGCGCUGUGGUCUAAACUACAGAGCCUAGGGCUUGCCAAUCAGAAGGUCGCGGUUCGAAUCCCCUUGAUGGGGUGAGCUCCCGUUGUUCGGUCCCAGCUCCUGCCCACCUAGCAGUUCGAAAGCACAUCAAAGCGCAAGUAGAUAAAUAGGUACUGCUCUGGCGGGAAGGUAAACGCCUUUUCCGUGUGCUGCUCUGGUUCGCCAGAAGCGGCUUAGUCAUGCUGGUCACAUGACCUGGAAGCUGUCUGCGGAUAAAUGCCGGCCUAUAGAGCAAGAUGAGCACGCAACCCCAGAGUUGUCCGCGACUGGACCUAAUGGUCAGGGGUACCUUUACCUUUAUUCUGGAUUCAGGGAAGUGUUCUAGGGUUGGAGCCUUAGUGGCCUACAGACCUACAAACGUUCAUGGGUAUACUGAUACAAAGAAACCUGGAAGCUCACAGUGAGCAGGAGUUUUGAAUGAAGAUCUUUAUUUUUCUUGUUUUUGUUUUGGUAGGCAGCUCUUCAGGAUUGAAGGAGUUAAAAGCAUUUUCUUUGGAACAGACUUCAUCACAGUCACAAAGGUAACCGGUAACCCUAAAAGAAUAUUGUAGUGCGUGUCUGCACAGGGAAUGAUAAUAGAAUCAAAGAAUUGUAGAGUUGGAAGGGACCCUUGUCCAACCUCAUGCAAUGGAAUCUCAACUAAAGCAUUGAUGGCAGAUGGCAUCCAACCUCUGCUUUAAAACCUCUAGGGAAGGAGAGUCCACCACCUUCUGAGGGAGACUGUUCCACUGUCAAACAGCUCUUGCCGUCAGAAAGUUCUUCCUGAUGUUUAGUAAGAAUCUCCUUUCUUGUAACUUGAAUCCAUUGGCUCAGGUCUUACCCUCUAGAGCAGGAGAAAACCAGCUUGCUCCAUCUUUCAUGUGGCAACCCGUCAGAUAUUUGAAGAUGGCUAUCAUAUCUCCUCUCAGUCUGUUUUCCAGGCUAAACAUACCCAGCUCCUUCAACAGUUCCUCAUAAGGCUUGGCUUCCAGACCCUCCACCAUCUUGGUCAGCCUCAUUUGCACAAAUUCUGUAUAAAUAUUCUAAACCAGUGAUUCCCAGUUGUUUUUCUGAAGAUCCCAGGGGGUCUGCGUAACCCACCCAGGGAGUCCAUAGCACAUCCCUGUUAACUGUAUGGGGCAUCCUGUUUGGCCUGGAAGACACGCAUCCUGGUUUUGCACUAGGACAUGUUGGAGGGUAUGGUGGCACCAUUCACAUAACAAAAACUAGCACAGAGAUAGCAACAUUUUCAGAAGUAGGGGGUCCAUGGCUUGGCUUUUGAAAAACAGGGGGUCUGCAGUUCUUAGCUAAAUGGGAACCACUGUUCUAAACAUCCCAGAAGAGUGCACUUCUGCUAUCCCUUACUGUGCAGACCAUGCUCUCCUUAAAACCUUCCAAAAAUAGAAGAUACAAAAGACAUGCCAGUUUUUAAGUUGCUAUAGUGCCAGAAACUAUGUGCUAUUCAUAGAUUCAAAGGACCUACAUUUUCCCACAAGGCUUUAAAAAACUGUUUUUGGUCUGAUUCAGCAAAGCUGUUCAUGUAUACCUAACCUAAUUCUUGAAAUCUUUGUAGGAAAAUGAAGAAGUGGAUUGGAACUUAAUUAAACCAGAUAUUUAUGCAACUAUUAUGGAUUUCUAUGCUUCUGGCUUACCUGUUAUUACUGAAGAGGCACCUCGUACAGACACAGGUAAAUGGCUAAUAUUGAAUACGUUGAUGGAGGAGAGUAUUGGAUGUUAGUGGCAGGUUACAUCCUCUACUUGUGAGCUUGCCUGGCCACUGUUGGAGAUGCAGUCUUGGGCUAGAUGGCUCACUGGUGAGAGAGAAAAGGCUGGUUCAUUAUUAUUAUUAAAUGUAUAUCCUGCCCUUCUUCCGUGGCAAACAACAAGGAACAAAACAAUGCAAACAUGAGAAAUGGUUCCUGGACAGAUGCAAAUGGUGUUCCUGAGGGCUGCUUGCAAGGUCUUUGCUGCUGUGAUAGGCCAGGGCUUACAGGGACACACUCUUGGUUUUUUCCAAUUUUUCCAAUUUCUCUGUUCAGCUUGCUCUAGGCACAGUUUUCCUUCUUAUUACAAUACAGUAUCUGAGGAGCUUUUGAUAUGGGAGGACUUACAGGACUUUAUUAUUGGAUUGGGGUAUAAAAUCAAACAGAAGGUCUUAAAUUUCAGGUUUUACUGUGGAACAAUUAAUAAUAGAGUUUACCAACAAGAUUCAUACAACAUGGAAAUCCAGAGGAAUCUGAUAUUUGGGAAUUUUUAUAUUGUAAACUCCUGCUGAAAUAAUUUAUGGUAAUUACAUUCAGAACUCCCCAUAAAAUACCUAAAUAUGGUGGCUUGGCAGUACCUGAUAAUAGCAAGCAGCCUUGUUCUGCCACAACUUGGUGGUAGAAAUAUUAAAACUUAUUGGGUAUUAGAGCAAAUAGGGAUCCCAAUAUUAACAGUGUUGGUGUGGAGAUCAGAAAGAAGCCAGUAGAUCAGUCAUUGCAAUAUGUGACUUUUUGAAAGCAAAUAAGAUAGUUGAAUUUAUGAAAACGUGAGACUGUGCUCACAAGAUGAUGGGGAAGUUUUUAAUAUUAACAUGCCUGGUAAGCAAUGGAAUGAUUCAUGUUGUAAUAGCACAAUAUCUUUUAGAGAUGUUGCUGCCAGGGAGAUUUCUUUUUUACAAGAUUUUGUACUUAUGGUAUUACCUUCCAUACAAGUUACAGAAAACGCAUAAAUGAGACCAUCUUAUUUGAAAUGUGGCCAAGGGUGUGUGGAGUUUGAACAUAUUUGUUCUUGUAAAGAUAUAACACAAGUAGGCUAUGAAGCAAGCAGGACAACAGCUAGCACACAAGGGCUGGAAGUCUCAGAGCGGCUAUUACCAAACACAAGUAAGAGCGCACCGUUGUGCUUCUUUUGUGGCAGGGACAGUGGUGAUGCAGGCUCACUUUUCUGCAGUCAUUUUAUCCCCAAGAAGCUGUCCAGCAGAGCUUUUUCAGGCGGUAAAUGGAUUAUUUUCAAGGAAUGUUGUGGAAACAUUUAUCAAGUAAGAUAAGCAUGAUUCAUUCCUUUUGUCUUGCAUAUACCACACAAGCUCCAUCUGAAGAAGACGACGAAGUUGUAUUAAUGAUAAAAGAGCUCCUGGAUACUAGAAUAAGGUACAGCUACAACUGUGUUUCCUAUACACUGUUGGUGUUUCAUGAAGGUGGCAGAGUAAUGAAUGUGCAAUUCUGCUGAUAGCCAGUUUGAUGGAUUGGCAGAGAUGCUGGUGCUUCUUCCUAGGUUGCCUCUGAAAAGAGUAUUUUGUUCACUUUGCGGGAUGCUUGCUGUGCUCCCAGCCCACUUUCCCCCAAGAGCUUUUACAAUGCUUUGAAAGAGGCAUGUGACUUAAAAAUUCACUUCAGAAAGAGAUUGCAGUAAACAUAUUCAAAAUAGGGGAGGUAAGAAGAAUUUAAAAUAGACGUUCCCUUUGGAUCUUUAGCUUUUAUCACUCUGAUCCCUGAAUAUAUAUUUCUGUUAGAAUCCCUUGCCCUCUGAUGUUAGCCAGGAGGACAGCAGGGAAAUUUUUUACAGUUGCACAUUUAUAUAUUGGUGCUUAUGUCAAUAUCUGCACUGAAGCGCUUCCAGCAUUUUAGUGAGUGCCAGUCUGACAGACAGAGCCUUCGUUGUUCCUUUGGAAAAUAACAGCCUGUCUGUUGGGAAGUGAAAGGGCAGUAUAAGUGGAGAAUGAAGACGCUGGUUUCAUUGGAAUGUAGGUGCAGCUUGUUCUUGAAUGAAUACCCAACCCCUGAAUUGCAUGCAUUAAUUUGCCAGCUACAAUCCAGUUUGUCUGUUGUGAUGACAUUUCAGAAGCCAAAGCGGGAUUGACAGGAGCAAGGACUUCAGCAUUUUACAUAGCUUCUCAUUACCACUACCCAGAUUGCAAAGAGAAAAGUUGCAAACUGGGCAAAUGCAUGCAAAAUGACUGGAUUUGUAUAAUUUAUUCCAGUUUCAGUAAUCAGCUCUUAUUGUCUACUGACAAAGUAGGGGUUGCCCUGGCAGAGAGCAUGCACAUAAAAUAAACAGAAGAUACUCAGCUCGGGAUCAGCUGUUCUAAGAAAAAUUUGCUGAUGGUGGAUUUGAAGGAGAAGGGAGGUGUUUUGAUGAACUGCAAGAGUUGGGCUGUUCUGAGAAUAAGCGUUCGUGCAACAGAGAAGGUAUAGAGGUGGGAUACAAAGAGGAGGUGGCCAAAAAAGUGGGGGUGAGAACUACUUCUAAAUGUAUAGAAAUGUUUGGGGUUUUAAGUGGUUUACCCCACUAAUACUUUGAAAUCUUAUCGACAAUGUUCCUCAGGCCAACAGUCCAGGAAGAUGGUGGGGAUGUCAUCUUUAAGGGCUUCGAAGAUGGGAUUGUGCAGUUAAAACUGCAAGGCUCCUGCACAAGCUGCCCCAGUUCUAUCAUCACCCUGAAGAAUGGGAUACAAAACAUGCUGCAGUUCUAUAUUCCGGAAGUAGAAGGUGUGGAACAGGUAGGCACAAAUUGAAGGCUGUUAAAAAUUGGGGUGGUUUGUUCAUUGAAUUUCUUCUCCACAUCUCAAAGCGUCUCUGUACAAGCAAGUUUUUACGAAUGAAAGUUGACACUUCAGAUCCGAUAACUGGGUUCAGUGCAAAAAAAAUUAGGUAUAGAAGGGCAUUAUAGAAGUAACAACAGAUUAUGAAACAGGAUUUCUCUGGGCACAAGUGAGACCAGCAUCAACGUGUUGCAGUUUCCUUUUGUACCCCUACCCCACCUGGAGUGUUUCUCUUCAGGGUUCCAGCAAAUCAUGCUGUCCACCAGAAUGUUUUAUUCCAUUUCCCCACCCUCUGGCUGUCUUUCCCCCUUUUUUCCAACCGGUAUGCAAUAUUUCAGUCAAAACAGCAGAGUUGUGCUUGCCAGCAUCACAGAAACCGUGAUCCAAGGCAUGGGGCCCAGUGAACAACCAACAAAUCACAGAAUGUAUCUGUGGAUACAGAGGGGAUGAGUGGGGCGGUGUCUGAAUCAGCUGUGGGGAACCUUUGGCCAGCCAGAUGCUGGACUACAACUCCCUUCAUCCUUGACCAUGGGCCAAGCUGGCUGGGGCUGAUGGCUUACAGCAACAUCUGCAGGGCUGCACCGACUGUGUUGUGUUGAGAAAGAGAUGGCGACGGCAUGGGCUUUACUUUGCUUUCUCCAGUCUGUGGCAACAAGAGUUAUGUGGGAACAGUGAUCUUCGGUCAAGAAGACGGCUUUUCUCAUAUUACUGACAAUCUCAUCCACACUCUUAGCAAGUCAUAGUUCUUUGGAAGAGCUGCUUCAUUUUGAGCUGGAAAUGCUGGGUUGGAUGUAGAAAGGAGGUUAUUCCAUGGUUUUCUUGAGAUAAUUCUACUGGUGUAAAUUUAAAGUUACAGUAGGUGUAAUUAUAAAUUUAUACUAAGUGGCCAUUUGUGAUUUUAAAAAGCAUAACUCUGCUUUUCAAAAUAACAUUCAAUACUUGUGUUUCAUCUGUAUUGUGAACUAAAAGGAUCUCGAGAACCUUUUGAUUUCUGACACCUGUAUGUGCAUGUGUUUUUAUUUUUUAAAAGCUGCCUAUCCCUUAGUAUUGCAAUCUUAUCUUUCAGGUUGUCGAUAACGAAGAAGAAGAAGAACAAGCGAAGUCAACCUAAAUCAGGGAAAGCUUUGGACUCUUGAGCUAAAAUUAUUUUGCAAGCUGAUUUGUCUAAAUUAGCCACUCGCUAUAGAAAAAUGUUCAGCUGUUGUCACAACUUUUCCCAGACACAGAACUGUUUCUUUCACUGCUUCAUGGUUCUAAGAAAACACGUGAAAAGUAUUCUUGAAAGUGUGGCUGUCCGUUUGCUGCUAUUCUUGUAAACAAAAAGAAGAAAAUGUAUAGAUUUUGUUUGGUCAGAAUGUGACAUUUAUAAAAUAUUUCCCCUCUCUGUUGGAUUUAGGUAGCUUUUGUGGUGACCUACAGCCCAUACUGUUGGAAGAAUUAUGUAGUGAUAAAUACAGAUAUAAAUUAUUGCUUUAUUAUUUUGAGGCCUUCCUGUUAUAUAAGCCAUGUUUUUAUUCUUCUUCGUGGGUCUGUUGUCUUAUCAACACUGUAUAUAUAUAUCUUUGCUACUAAAUGCACAAUACUGGGUGAAUCCUGAUAACGGUUUCCUUAUUAUUGGUCACAAAUGGGGAUUAGAAACUGAACUUAACCCUUGAAAAUAAGAAAACCAACUCUUUUGCUACUGUACUUUCUUGAAUACAUCAAAGUAGUUGCAACAGCAAAAUUAAAGUGUGUUAUGGUCCAGCAAACCCACAUUACCGUAUUGGCCUGAAUAUAAGCUGCACCCAUAUAUAAGCCGCACCUUUAAAAUUCAAGAGGGG